CUAAGAUUGAGCUCAGUUCCAUGCUUUUUCUGUCACGACCAAAGAUAAAGGCAAGAAAGGGGUACUAGUACGUGAUUCCUCCAUUUUCCUGAAUUUAUUUUACUCUCUCCCACUCCAGCUCCUUCAUGAACCAUAAAUCCUGUACCUUCUUAGACAAAGGGAGUGUCAGUUAUGGUAAUUGUUUAGGAAUUGCCAUGGCUACCACAGUCCAGAACUCCAGCUUGAACAUUCCAGAAGAGGAUAGGGAGAAGUUAAGAUGGACUUCUUCCAUAUACAUCUGUUGGGGUACCAAAAUUCCUUUCGAAACAAAAAAAUUAACACAAUUGAAGAAACAAACCAGAAAGAGCUGGUACCCAACAAGCUUCCCCCUAUUUUCUUAAAAGAUGGGAACCACUCUGUGCACCAAAACAGCCAUGAAAAGUACCAUGAAGCAGUCCGGAAGGUUUUGUUAAAAACAUAUCCUAAUCAGAUCUUCAGAGUUCCCUUGACUGACGCUCAGAACUUUAGCUUCUGGAGGUCCCCUGAUCCAGAAGUGUGCCCAGAGGAGACCAUGCCAUGGAUCCAGAGCCCCCGCUAUUGCCUCAUCAAAAGCCCAAUGACCAGAUUCAUGGAUCACUCUCUUCUUAAUGACAAAACUUUCUGUCUAUAUUGAAGAAUACAUAUGCACUGGACAAUGGAGUCUGGAAGGAGGCAGAGGGGGAGAUGUCUGGAUUUUGAGAAUUGACUGAUGGGGGCAGAGAUCAUAAAACCCGUUAAAGAGAUUGCACUAGAA